ACACGCUUUGAAUCCUGAUGUCCUGAAACUAGCAGAUCGGGUGGAUCCAUAAGCAACAAGCCGUCUCCAUCUGCUGGGAGCUUCCCUAAAAGAAGAUCCAAAGUUAGGCUGAGCUGAAGACCAUCUGAGGUUUAGAGUUAGUCCCAAGUCACAGAAACAAAACCCUGGAGCAGAUUGCACUCUGGGUAUUCUGAUGCGUCCCUGGAGGUCUAUAAGAGACGAUCAACAUCUUCCUCCAGAACUAACGGUACCACUGGGGGCGUAACUGAUGUUCCCCUGGUCUCUGCUUCUGACCCUGAGAGACUAAGUUCGAGCCGCCAUCAUUUACACCUUGUGUUUGGUGUCGUCUUCAGGAUUCAUAAAUCCUAAUUCCACCAUCAUCCUUCAUCAGUGACUGACAGCUGAGGGGCGGAGCUAGCAGACGGCGGGCAUGUCAGUUCUGUUCUGGGUCUGGAUCCUGAUGAUGGAGAGCCACGCCUCAGAGGUCAUCAGGGCUCACAGCGGGGGGGCGGUGCUGCUGACUUCUGACCACCAGCUGCAGCUGAAGCAGGACGUGCGCUGGACUCACCCCGACCUGCUGGUCUCUCUGAAGAACAACGUGACGGCCUGCCCUCACGGCCGCUGCCAGCUGCUCCACGACGGCUCGCUGCGCUUCAGCCGGGUCCAGCCCGGAGACUCAGGGAACUACAGCCUGCAGGUGUACGAGGAGGACGGGACGCGGGUGCUGAGGAGGGACUUCCUGCUGCUGGUGGAGGGGGAGAGCAGCCAAUUAGAUCUCAGCAGCAGGAGUGUGUUGGUGACGGUGUUGAUCCUCCUCUUCCUCCUCCUCUUCAUCAUCAUCAUCUUGUUCGUCCUCAACAGGAAGAGGAAGCAGCGGAUCAGGCGUUCAGGUCCGCUGGAGGACAACCUGUACGUGGAGAUGCACAGUCACCGUGGCAACAAGAGGGAGGAGGACGAGUGUCACUAUGUUCCCUGUAAUCCUGCUGUUUCCGUGGAAACACCAGCGCAGAGUUCAGAGGAGAACGUGUAUAUGUGACGGCCAAUCAGAGCUCUCCUCACCUGCAUGUUUCUCUGUUUGCAUCUUAAUCAAUAAAGUGAGGUUGUUUGCAGA